AUGGUUAACAUCAAAAAGAUACACAGUCUGCAGGAUAUUGCUGCUGCAGUGUCAUGCCUUGGAAUCAGCAUGCCGCAAAUAGUAGCCAUAGGAUCCCAAAGCAGUGGAAAGAGCAGUGUGCUUGAGCAGAUAGUAGGAAGGGAAAUCUUGCCGCGUGGCACAAACUUGGUGACAAGGUGCCCGGUCAUUCUGCAUCUUAGGAGAUGCAGAGAUAAGGCCGAGAGCGUGGUAUUCGAUCAUGUCGCAGAUCCGGUCUGGGACUUCACUGCGGUAAGCUCGAUCAUCACAAAGAGAAUGGAGGAAAUAUGCGGGCUCAAUAAGGGAAUCAGCAGCAGGCCGAUAACUGCAUUUGUCAAUAUAAAGGACACAUUGGAGAUGACGCUAGUCGAUCUCCCAGGCCUUAUAAAGGUUCCCAUCGGGGAGCAGCCCGAAGACAUUGAGAUGCAGAUCGAGAACAUGGUUCUUGGCUAUGCAGCGAAAGAGUCCUCGAUAAUUCUGGCGCUUAUAAAUGCAAAUGCAGAUAUAGCAACAAACGAGGCAUUGAAAAUAGCAAGGAAAGCAGAUCCUCAGCUGAAAAGAACCCUGGGAGUUGUCACAAAGAUCGACUUGAUGGAUUCCGGGACAGACUGCAUGAGCAUUCUCCUCAACAAAAGCCCGAGGCUGAGUCUUGGGUAUGUCGGUGUAAUAAACAAGGGACAGCAGGACAUUGCUAAAGGUGUCUCUGUAAGAGAAGCUAUCCUUAGGGAGACUGCAUACUUCAAGGAAAGCCCUGUGUACAGCCAGAUAUAUCCAAACAUAGGAUCUAGCUAUCUGGUGAAGAGACUGAAUGAGAUAUUCUACAAGAUGGCGAUGGAGUCAAUUCCGGGAAUCAAGAUGGCAGUAAGAAACCAGCUGAAUGAUAAGGCAAAACGGCUCCGUGAGAUAGGGUCUGGCAGCACCAUGAAAAACGAGCGCUCUCUUGUGAUGGCGUACCACCAAACGGUUCUGGGGAUAUUCAAGCACACCAAGUCCGGAAAUGGGAUAUUCGUCAGGAGCUCUUCAAGCUUUUUGAGUGGGUUUAAGGAGAUAUUCAAAAAAGAUGGAUUUUCAGCUAGUUUUGAAGGCUUGCCUUCCAGGCUGAAUAGAUCCUCGUAUCUAUUCAUAUCCGAGGCUGUCUUCUAUGACGUGGUGCGAGAAAACAUAGGGACGAUGACAGAGAUAUAUUUGGAAAAGAUCGAUUCCGUUGUGAAGCUGCUCGUUGACGAGAUCUGGUCUAUAUCAAGCACAAGGUUUGGAGCACUUUGCAAAAGGCUUAACAGUGUGGUCUGUGAGCAUGUGGACAAGCAGAGAGAUAGACUGGUCGACGGCAUACGCGUUUAUUCGUCGAUCCAGUCGUCAUACAUCAAUGUAGACCAUCCGGACUUUGAUAGAGGGAGGGCAUUGGCCCUGAUUCUGCGAAAAGCACCAAAGAGCGAGUCUGGGAUUCUGGGGAUGUUCAAUUCCAGGGAGAUAUCGUUUGCCGACAAGGCUCUUGAAGCUGGGUUGAUAAGAGAGCUGGCAGCGUCGUAUCUUGAAAUUGUAAACAAAGAAAUGAGGAACUACGUUUUCAAAGCAGCUUACCACCACUUGUGCGAGUACAUGGACUCAAAGCUUCCCGGGAUGCUUUCAGAACUGCAGAUUGAGGACUCGAUAUUAGCAGAAUGCCCUGAAAUCACUCACGAAAGAACCAUCCUUGGCAGGGAUGUGGAAAUACUGAAGAAUGCACUCUACACCCUGGGAACCCUUUGA